AUGAGUUGGACCAUGGGAAGCAUGGCCCUGACCUGCCUACUGCUGCUGAAGAUGCUAAAGGUGGAGAUGAUCGGUGGGAAAGUCCUGGAGGAGACCUACAUGAGGUGGAUCCACUACAAAGACGAAUGUGUGAAGAUGAUUGACUAUGAGCCAUUUCCUCAAGGCUUGUUCUGUAACAGGACGUUUGACCGCUACGCCUGCUGGCCUGAUGGUCCUCCUGGGUCGGUGGUCAAUGUGUCCUGUCCCUCCUACCUGCCCUGGUUUGACAAAGUGUCUCAGGGUGUGGUGCGUCGGCGGUGUGGCUCUGAUGGCCACUGGGUGAAGGAGGAGGACGGGGAAGUCUGGAGGGACAUGUCUCAGUGUGAAGAGGAACAGGAAAUCACAUCUCAGGAGCUGUGGUUCAAGCAGUUGAUGGUGAGCUUCAGGAUGCUUUACACGGUUGGCUACACCCUGUCCCUCUUCACCCUGGUCUCAGCGCUCAUCAUUCUACUGAGUAUCAGGAAGCUUCACUGCACCCGCAACUACAUCCACGCAAACCUGUUUGUGUCUUUCAUCCUGCGAGCCGUGUCGGUGAUCGUCAAGGACACCAUGCUGGAGCGUCACUGGGGCCGGGAGAUCAUGAGACAGGCCGACCUGGGAGAAAUGCUGAGUCACAAGGCUGCCAUUGGCUGCAGGAUGGCCCAGGUGGUGAUGCAGUAUUGUGUUCUAGCCAAUCACUACUGGUUCUUUGGAGAGGCCAUCUACCUGUAUUCGGUGCUCAUCGCCUCCGUAUUAAUUGAGAACAACAAGUACUUGCCUUAUAUCUGCCUCGGCUGGGGAACCCCUCUUUUAUUUGUCCUUCCUUGGAUGUUGGCCAAGCUAUUGAGAGAAAACAAAGAGUGCUGGGCUGUCAAUGAAAAUAUGAGCUACUGGUGGAUAAUACGGUUCCCCAUUCUGUUUGCGUCACUGAUCAACUUAUUGAUUUUCAUGAAGAUUUUGAAGGUGAUUCUAUCCAAACUACGUGCCAACAAUCAGAAUGGCUAUCCUGACUACAAGCUUCGCUUGGCCAAGGCGACCUUGACCCUCAUCCCUCUAUUUGGCAUCCAUGAGGUCAUCUUCAUCUUCGCCACUGAUGAGCAGACCACUGGCAUCCUGCGCUACAUCAAGGUCUUCUUCACGCUCUUCCUCAACUCAUUUCAGGGAUUUUUGGUGGCUGUGCUGUACUGCUACUGUAACAAAGAGGUGAAGACAGAGCUUGCAAAGAAACUGCGAAGCUGUAGGAUGGAGGUGGAGGUGGUGUGCUGUGGACAGUGA